AAUGAAUUCUACCGUUGCAUUAUACCCUCAUCAUCCUUACGCAGGAUAUCGUUUUGAAAGUAACAAUACCCGAUUCUAUUCUCAUCAUCAUCACCAACAGCAACAACAACAACAACAGCAAAAUAGUCCACCCGAUGAAACAUUUGAUGACGAGGACCAAAUUCCUUCUGUCGAUGAAUUUCGUGCCAUCAUUGAUGAUUAUCUCAAUAACCUCAGUCCCAAAAAGAGAGAUAAAGCCCUUGUAGAUCAAACUCGCUAUGUUCUUAUCCAACAAGUCUUACGAGAUCCAAGAAAUACCGCAAUAUCAACCGCUCAAUUUCGUUUCUGGGUAAAGAAAAUGUUUCAACUUCAACCUGGAACAACAGACUUGGUCUGUCAUGACAAUAAACCCGUUGCUAUGAAGGAACAAAUUUACGACAUUCUUGUAAAAGCACACAGAGAAGCUCAUCAUGGAGGCAGAGAUAAGACUUCAGCCUUGGUACGAAGAAGAUUCUCUUGGAUUCCUAAAGAAUUGGUAGCCAGAUUCGUACGUCAUUGUCCAUUCUGUAUCACUCGUCGAAAUAGCGGCCAUAGCCCCAGCACAUUGUUAUUAAAGAACUCUAGUCCACGUUCUAGAUAUUCUAGACACGGCUGCUCAUUUGACUCUACCGGUGCACCUACCAUCUGCACACCUUCCUCAUUAAAAGAAGAGUCUGACCUGUCCUCAGGUCCUCCUUCAUCUGACAGUGGUUAUGAAGCAACGCCAAACUAUGUGACCAUGUCUUCUAGCCCUUCACCCAGAAGGCCGUAUUUUAGUUCCAUGUAUGAUCGAGACGACAAUGAUUUUUUGGAAUGCCAUUAUGAACCUUCUUUCAAUAUCAAUUCAACUUUCCGAAGAUAUUACCCUAAUGCACUAGGAAUCACACCAUGUGGAGAAACAAAUAAUACGACAUCACCCACAAGUGCAGCCACCAGUACAGCAUCUUCUGCCGCUGCCGCAGCAGCAGCAGCAGCCGCAGUGGCAUUAAUGCGAUCUCCUAAUACCGACUUGCUAUCUCAUACACAAGAACAAUACAGUGCACCUUAUGUGUCUAAUUAUUCAUCUAUGCCGGAGAAUGCAUAUGGAGCCGAUAUCUAG